UCCGUUUGCAGGCCAAUAACCUUCUCCAGACAAGAUUACGCAGCUGACCUUGAGCCCGGUGGAGGGAGAGUGACGGACGGUAUGCCGUACCGUCGUCUCAGUCGUACGGAGUGGUUCAGUCGUCCGCUGAUCCUGGCCAGGGAGGGGCGUCGACAGCAUGUGGCUCAAGGUGGUGGCAGCGUGCCUGGUGCUGGGGUACGUGCUGAAGAGGAUUCUCGAAUACCGUAAAAAUCUUCCACCAGGUCCGUUCAACAUCCCGCUGCUGGGCAGCUGGGAGUUCCUCCGACUAUGGUGGACCGGCGGAUCCCUCACCGAGAUGUACGCCCGGCUCGGCGACAAGUACGGACCCAUCAUCUUCAUGCGCCACGUGCUUGACGCGCCAAUCGUCACCAUUCGACAGUAUGAUGCUCUGAAGGAAGCCGCAAGGGACCCUCUUCUGAACGGAAACACCGUGCCCUACCUCUACCGGCUGAUGAGCGACUUUUCCAACUACGGGAUCAGCUUCUCAGACGGUCCCAAGUGGCACUACAACAAGAAAUUCACCGUGGCCACGCUAGGAAAGCUGGGCUUCAACAAGCAGCGCGUCAUGACCAUGGCCACCAACGAGUGUUCUAGUGCGGUAGAAAAGCUGCUUACGAAGAAAGGUCAGCCGGUAAACAUCGAACACGAGCUCUUCGGUGCCAUCACCAACGUGGUCAUGCAGGUGCUCAUGAGCCGACAGUUUGAUAUCGACGAUCCACUGUUCAAGCAACUACGGGAAGAUGGUUUUACACUUUUCUGCAUCGCCGCGAAACUGAAGAGUCCCUACGACUUCGCGCCCUGGCUGGCGUACGUGGCAGGCGAGAACUCCGAUGUCCGCACGCUCCGAAGGGUCAUGGACCGUUUCGCCGCGUUCUGUGCUCAGGUAAUCGAAGAGCACGAGGCCACUCUCUGUCCUGACGAGCCCAGGGAUUACGUCGACGCUUACCUGGCGGCUAUACCGACUGCUCAGGCCAGUCACGAUAUGUCAAAGGACAACUUACGAGUUGGGCUCAAGGACAUGAUUGUUGGAGGAAUGGAGGGACCUUCUAUCAUUCUGGCUUGGCUUCUGCUGCUGACUGCCGAGCAUCAGGAGAUCCAGGCUCGCAUGGUCGCCGAGAUUGAAGAAGUUAUCGGCUUUGACCGCUCGCCUACUCUGGACGACGAGACACGCUGCCCGUAUGUCCGUGCCGCAAUCGUGGAGACAAUGCGGUUUGUGACGUUGACGCCAGUCCAUCGUCACUCGGCCUCACACGGCUCGACAAGUCUGCGUGGCUACCACAUCCCAGCCGGUAGCAUGAUUCUGGAGGACGUCCACUCGUGCAACCACGAUCCGGCUGUGUUCGGCGACCCGGAGACGUUCCGACCCGAGCGCUUCCUCGGAGAGCGCGGCGAGCAGCUGAGGAAGCACGAGGCCACCUUCGGCUUCGGUCCUCGCCAGUGUCCGGCCAUCGCCUACAGCUACACGGUGCUCUUCAUAUUCCUGGUCGGCCUGCUGCAGCGGCUCAAGUUGGUGCUUCCCGAAGGCGCCGAGCCACAGUCCAACCGAGGCGCCUACAACGUCGGUGUUCGUCCCAGCCAGCCGCUUCUGAUAGCGCUCCCGCGCUAAGCUGUCAGUCUCUGCGCAUUGUGGGCUUCAGAGGCCAUUUCUGACUGUUUGCGCUCUGUGUCAUGGCUACAACAAAUAUCUGGAAUGGCUUUGGGGAAUCUAUUGUAUCGAGCGAUGAGGUUAGAACAAUCUCAGGUUGUCGUUUUGAAGUAGUGCUGGUGCUUACAAAUGAUUGGAGGACAAAGUUUCGAAGCGAGUCUAAGCAACGCUGUACGUAGUAUUGGCUUUCAUCACGAAUGGUUGAGUGAAGACCAAAUUCGUAUGAUAGUUUGUCGUGGCAUGAGUAGGUGAAUAGGAACAAACAUUUUUAACUAUUGCAUCCACUUAAUGGCGCCUUUACAUAUGCUCCCCUCAUCAAUAUUCGAAGGAAGCCUUAAGACUAAUAAAAUAUAAUGGUCAAACUGGUACACUGCCAUAAAACACUGCCACCCACUGCCAUUAUACAAAUGUGAUAAGCCCACUACUUAUGCAAUCCGCAUGUCUAAGACGAUGUACGUAGUACGUACAAUGUACUUUGCACAUAUGCAUCCGCUACCGUUUAUAUUCCGACUGUUUGCUCCAAUCACCAUGGUCUCUGGCCUGUGGUUGUCCAAGUGAAUAUGCUCUAGUACAAGCUCUGGAUCUA